AUGACGGACUCGAGACGAGAUGAGUCCAUCUCACCAAUGACAAGAGGCCCUCGCGCGGCGUCACCUGCUAUCCCGAGCCAGCAAGACUCUCUUCCUAGUCCAGCUCCUCCGCCGAAAGACGGCCCUCCUGCUCCUCCCCCAAAAGAUGUUCCGACGCUGAGAGAUUCUUCCCAUAUUCCGAUCGAUGCCGGAAUCGAGGCAAGAGACUACAUCAAUGGGGGUGCCCCCCACGACAGCGUGUCGCCCGUCCAGAACAGCAAGCGACCGGCACUGCCCACUCUCAACUCGACAGAAAGCGCACGUCAAACCCCAGGCGGUCUGCCGAGAAUGCCUGAAGAUGGAACAUACUCCCCCGACCCAGCUUCGCCGACUGAUCGCCGAAGCGUGCAAUUCGCUCGGACAGACCAGGUCUUGGAGGCACCGGCUAGCCAUUCGCGACAGCCGUCUUGGGAAGAUGGCGGAAAGUCCAUUGGUUCGGCCUUCAUCACCAAGCUCAAGCAGCUUACUGGGUCUGGUAGCUUGCAGACCCUUAAGACAAGCAGCUCAGGCAACUUGAACGACAAUGGCACGCCGCCGUCCAUGGGAAGCUCACCAACCACCGGGCAGUUCAGGUCUAGGAUACCCCAUACACUCGAGGAGGAUGGCGGCAGCGAUGCGGAUGCAGACGUCGAAGAGACCGCCGACGAAGGAGCGGCGUCAGAUGCUGCUAAACCCAAGAAGAAGAGAAGAAUGCGUCGCACGAAGAAGCAACAGACGUCCAUUCCAAGCACGCCAAACCUGCGGCAUCUACCUGGCCCCGACUCACCUGUCGGAUAUGGUCGGAUGGGUUUGCGAAGGCGCCUGAGUAUGCCGGACCACCCCGAGCAGCAACACGGCAUGUCAGAGGGCGAGGGACGUGAUCAACUUACGGGUCCUUCGUGGAUGCGCUCUCACCGUGCCCGCGAUGGUGACGGCACUGAAAGUCCCGGCGGCAGAAGAACGGGCCACAUGCGCCGCAUCACGGUACUCGGGGGUGGUGGCGUUUCGGAUGGUGAUGCUAUAACUCCCAAAAGACCCUUCUUUGGCAGCGAAAGAGCAUCGACGUGGAAGUACGUCAAGAAUACCCUGAAGCUUCUUAGGCAGAAGAAGGAGGACCGUUUCGAUUUCGCCAAGUCAGCCGAGCUCAUGGCAGAGUUGCGGGCCGGUGCCCCUGCUGUUCUCAUGCUAGCCAGCAUGAUCCAGAGGGAUGAGCACGGCAACAAGCGAAUCCCAGUCCUCCUUGAACAGGUACGCCUGCGUAUAACCGACAGCCAACCGGAAUCCGAUGACGAUAGCGAGCGACAUUGGGUCUUCACGAUGGACCUUGAGUAUGGCAGCGGUCCAAGCCGGAUGAAAUGGACCAUCAUCAGAACGCUCAAGGACAUCUAUAAUCUGCAUGUGCGAUACAAGCUUGCGAUGAGCAAUGAUAAGUACUUGCACGGCCGCGCCGAUGUGGGAGCCCGACCUAAAAUGCCUAAAUUCCCCUGGGGCGCCUUCCCCUAUCUUCGCAGUGCCCGCAACAAGGAUGACAGCGACGAAGAAGACGGCGCAAGCCUUCGGGGCGACGAUCUAGGCGAACCAACUGCCGGCGAAGGCACCGCUGCUGAGGGCACCGCCGGAGAGGGCACAGCAAGCGAGUGGGAGGGCGGACGGGCCGGCCCAGGUGUUAGGAAGAAGUCCCGCCUUGGCAUGCUCGGUAUGCGUAGGAAGUCGACUGGUCUUACAGAACCUGGCGAGUCUGGAGGAGAGAACCAAGCCGAUCUCAUUCAGUCACGUAAACGAUACUUUGAACGACAAAGAAGGGUGUUGGAGAAGUACCUGCAGGACAUGAUUCGGUGGUUGAUGUUCCGUGCAGACAGUAACCGCCUCUGCAAAUUCUUGGAGCUCUCUGCCCUUGGCGUUCGUUUGGCUGCUGAAGGCAGCUAUCACGGCAAAGAGUGCUAUCUGCACAUUCAGUCCUCCAAAGGCAUGGACUUCCGUCGAGUCUUGACACCAAAGAAGGUCAUCGCCCGUCACAGUCGCAAGUGGUUCCUCGUGCGCUCUAGUUACAUUGUCUGCGUCGAAUCACCGGAGAAGAUGAGCGUUUACGAUGUCUACCUCGUGGACUCCAAGUUUCGCAUUGUUUCCAAGAAAAGCACAUUGAAACAGUUGUCUAAGGGCAAGGGCAAGGAGGAGAAGGAGAUUGACCUGACAGAAGAGGCUGAUGUGGAGAAACAUCACACUCUGACACUGCAUACCGCCGAACGGAAAGUCAAGCUGUUCUCAAGAAACCAGCACAUCAUGAAGCAGUUCGAAGACUCGAUCGCAGAGAUGCUCAAGCAGACCAAGUGGCAUGAUAUCAACCGUUUCGACAGCUUCGCCCCUAUUCGAAAUGGCGUAUUCGCGCAAUGGCUCGUAGACGGCAGAGAUUACAUGUGGAAUGUGUCUCGCGCAAUCAGCAUGGCCCGCGAUGUCAUCUACAUCCACGACUGGUGGCUCAGUCCAGAGCUUUACAUGCGGCGUCCGGCGGCUAUCAGCCAGAAGUGGCGUCUGGAUCGUCUUCUGCAGCGUAAGGCCCGGGAGGGUGUUAAGAUUUUCGUCAUCGUCUACCGCAAUGUCGAGGCCGCUAUUCCUAUAGACUCGGAGUACACCAAGUACUCCCUCCUCAACCUCCACCCCAACAUAUUUGUGCAGCGGUCUCCGAACCAGUUCAAGAAGAACCAAUUCUUCUUCGCCCACCACGAGAAACUUUGUAUCGUCGACCAUGACGUGGCUUUCGUUGGCGGCAUUGACUUGUGCUUUGGCCGUUGGGACUGUCCGCAGCAUCCGAUCACCGACGACAAACCGACGGGCUUCGAGCACAGUGAGCAACCAAAGGAUGCCGAGCAUUGCCAACUCUUUCCUGGAAAGGAUUACUCCAACCCUCGAGUCCAGGACUUUUUCAAGCUCGACGAGCCAUAUGAAGAGAUGUACGACAGAAGCAAGGUUCCCAGAAUGCCGUGGCACGAUAUUGCUAUGCAGGUCGUGGGCCAACCGGCUAGGGAUCUGACAAGACACUUCGUUCAACAGAGGCAGGAAGACAACACGUCCCUUGCCAUUCUUGCUUCCCCCCCUGACGUCAAGAUGGCAGAGCUUGACGCUCUUGGUCUCACUGGUACCUGCGAAGUACAGAUUUUGAGGUCGUCAGCCAACUGGUCUCUUGGGAUUGAGCACACAGAAUGCAGCAUUCAGAAUGCCUACGUUAAGAUGAUCGAAGACUCUGACCAUUUCGUCUAUAUUGAAAACCAGUUCUUCAUCACGAGCACCGAGGCUUUUAAUACGAAGAUCGUCAAUCGCAUUGGUGAUGCACUGGUCGAGCGAAUUAUCAGGGCACACGAAAACGAUGAAGACUGGAAAGCAUGCAUUGUUAUCCCUCUCAUGCCUGGAUUUCAGAACACCGUCGAUGAGCAGGAAGGCACCAGUGUCCGACUCAUCCUUCAAUGCCAAUACCGCAGUAUCUGUCGUGGAGAUGGGUCUAUCUUCUCACGUCUCCGUGCCGCUGGCAUCGAACCUGAAGACUAUAUCCAGUUUUACAGUCUUCGACAGUGGGGCAAGAUUGGCGCCCGCAACGCCCUCGUCACCGAGCAGCUCUAUAUCCACGCCAAGUGCAUCAUCGUGGACGAUCGAGUGGCGCUCAUUGGCUCCGCCAACAUCAACGAACGAUCGAUGCUCGGGAACCGUGACUCUGAGCUUGCUGCUGUUGUUCGCGACACCGACAUGAUUUGGUCCACAAUGGCCGGUAGGCCUUACCGCGUCGGUCGCUUCGCGCAUACCUUGCGGCUCCGUCUUAUGCGGGAACAUCUUGGAUUAGAUGUGGAUGAGAUCUUGGAGGAGGAGAGACAAGCCGACAUGGACCGCCAGGCUGAAUACGAAGCGGAGAUGGAUCAGAUCUACGCAGACGAUGAGGAGUCGCCCCCUGUUGCUGGCUCAAGCGGGCAGCACGCGGAUGGGGAGCCAAGCAAGCCAGCGAUGCCAGGCCAGGCUCCAAGCUUCAAUCAUGACGCCGUUGUAGAGCCCGAUGAAGUGGCCGAUGAAGCGUCGUCUGUGUCUUCUUUGUCUAAAGGCAAAGAGCGUGACGACCGCGUGACCGGAAACGAAGCUCACAUCAUGGAUAUUGCCGGCUACGGCAAAGACCACUGGAAGGAUGCAGCCCAACUUGGACUCGACCAAGGACGAGACUCAAUCAUCAUCAAUGGCCGCGAGGUCCUUAUCCGCGAUGUAUACCCAGAAGGAAAAGGCACUUUGCAGUCGCCAAUGCAGCCACACGAGCGCAAAACAUCGACCGACCACCAUGCGGAGGAAGAAGGUGGUGUGAGCAAUGACGCUCUGCCGCCUAUUCCAGCUCUCAACAGACGGACUACCGACCAGCUUGGUCUUCCUCGAACUGCAGGGCUGCCCACUUUGCCUGCUGUGGACGAUACGGAUAUUGGCGGCCCUCCUGUUCACUUGGAUCAGAGCGGCCAGCUAACCAACGGGCCAUUGCAUCCUCUGGCUGCCGAUAUUAGGCCUGCCCAUAUUGACAAGGACUGCAUGCGUGACCCGAUCAACUCGUCCUUCUUCGAUGAUAUCUGGAACAGAGUGGCGGAGAACAACACUAAGCUGUACCGCCGCGUCUUCCGCUGCAUGCCUGAUUCAGAAGUGCUUACGUGGCCCGACUACCGAGAAGCCGUAUCCUACUCGGAGCGAUUCAGGGAGAGCAUGGAAGGAAAAACAAAGACCGACGAUGGAGAAUCUAACUUGAAUCGUCAUCAAUCCCCCGUCACUGGCGGCGGUGCUGGCGUCGGAGCGCCAGGUCCUGGCGCCGUUGCUAAUGCUGCCAAUGAGAAGGCGGAAGAGAAACUCCAUAUUAAGACCAAUCACUCGAACCACCCUCGGAUCGUCAUUCCCGGAGACGACCACGAAUUGAAUGAGAAGAGUGAGCAGCCUGGUUCGAGAGCUGGGCCCAACACAGACGCAGAAAAGGCGGCUGCGUCUCCGCGUCCACUGGACGCCCCAUCGCCUGUUCUCCCUGCUGGCGACGUUCCGUUCCCUGUGUUUGAGACGGGCCCUACUGCUGAUGCUGGCAUGCUUGAACCGGCGCGGGAGAAGAGCAGGGAGAGGAGGACAACAUUCUCCCCUCUGGAGAAGCCGCCUUCCAGAGACGUGAGCGUCCCAGCUCAGCAAGCCCAAGGAUCGGUUAGACGCCGCCGACGGGCCACUACUAAGGGCAGCCGGCGCGGCAUGCCGCCUGAGGAGGUGCUGGGGAGAGCUGAGGCGGAGGAGCUACUCAGCAUGAUUCAGGGACACGUCGUCAACUUCCCUUACGACUGGCUGCUCACCGAAGAGCAGAACGGCAACUGGGGUUUCCAGGUGGACGGCGUCGCGCCCCUGCAAAUUUAG